ACCGUAAGUGCUGUGUGAGGGUUGUGUACAGUAAGUGCUGUGUGAGGGUUGUGUACAGUAAGUGCUGUGUGAGCGUUGUGUAAGUGCUGUGUGUCGUGCUGUCCCUUUAAAUUUUUCUGCAUAGUCACGCUUACUGUAUAGUGUUAUGCAACACACCCCUUAUAGUAGGAGCAUUUAGACACGAGUAGAGGCGCUCUGUUUCUUCACCUCAGCUAAGCUGGACUUGCUUCUCGAUUUUUCUUUGCGCUGUUUUUUUUUUUUGCGUGCAAUCACACACUGAUUUCACACCUCGUCAUAUCAGUGACUUCUGUCUGACCACUGCAGCAACUGAAGCUGAACUGAAUGCUCCAGUCAUGGAUCUGCAUAAUAAAGACUCGGGCGAUAUCCUACCUGUGGUCAUUAUUGGAAAUGGACCUUCCGGAAUUUGCCUUUCAUACUUACUAUCAGGAUAUACACCCUAUUUCUCCCGUGAGGCCUUCCACCCCAAUCCAAUCCUGCACCAAAAACUAGUAGAGAACUCGAAUUUGUCAUUGUUUGAACAGGACCUGGAGUACAUGUGUGAAGGCUUGGAAGGGAGAUCUUCAAAUCCUUUGGCUGUACUCUUUGAUUCAUUGCUCUUACCAGACGGUGACUAUGGCUUGGACUGUGCCUCACCAUUGCUAUGGCAGUAUGAGCCAGAAAGAGCCAUGACCCACCUCGUGCUUGGAAAAGGACCACCUGGAGGGGCAUGGCAUGCCAUGGAGGGAUCCAUGUUAACACUUAGCCUUGCCAAUUGGAUGGAGCUUCCUGGCAUCAACCUGAAGGAAUGGAUGAGGGAGAAACGCAGGAAUGUUCGCAAUGACCGUGCCACACCAGCGGAUAUUGCCUCCUACUACCAGCACUAUGUGAAUAAGAUGGGCCUUAGUAAAAACUUCGCCCAUAAUACCACAGUGACCUCAGUGCAGCGAGUCUCUCUUCGCACAGGUGUCUCCGGUUGGCACAUCCAGGGAACACAGAAGAACAAUAAUGGAGAUGAGACGCCCUUCUUGGUCCAGGCAGAGAAUGUAGUGCUGGCUACAGGUACCAGUGAUUCCCCAGCUCACCUGGGAGUCGAAGGAGAAUCGCUACCCUUUGUGUGCCACAGCUUUCAGGAGUUUGAGGCAGUCAUCUCAAGUGAACGUCUGUGCAGGACAUCAGAGCCUGUCCUGGUGGUUGGAGCAGGGCUAACUGCAGCUGACGCAGUUCUUUGCACCCACCACCUUAACGUGCCUGUGUAUCACACAUUUCGCAGGGGUGUCUUAGACCCAGCACUCAUUUUCAACCAGCUGCCCCGUCUUCUCUACCCUGAGUACCACAAAGUUCACCAGAUGAUGAGCCAGCAGCAGCACCAGCUAAGCCAUUCAGUCCACACUUUUCUCUCCCAGCAUGUGGCAUCACCAGACAAUGAACACACUAACUCAUCCUGCUCCUACCCUGGAUAUCUGAGCUUCCCAAAACACCGUGUUGUGUCUUUUAAACCCAACGGCAAGUGUGUCCUGGAGGCAGAGGAUGGGCAACAGGUUGUGCUUCAGGUUUCACUGGCACUGGUUUUGAUUGGCUCACAACCUAAUCUGUCGUUUUUGCCUGAGGACGGACGGAAACUGGGGAUGGAGCCAGGACAACCAAUCAGCUGUCGGCGCAACCCAGUUAAGGUGGACCCCUUUACCUAUGAAUGUGUGCAGGAAGUAGGGAUGUAUGCCCUGGGUCCUUUAGUGGGUGAGAACUUUGUACGCUUUCUCAAGGGUGGUGGACUUGGCACGGCAUGCCAUCUGAUGCAAAAAAAAAGGGGACAGAGGAGUGAAAGUCAGUGACCAUUCAAUCACAGCUUGGAUGUAGGGGAGAGAAAAGAACAAAAAAGAGAAAGGGAUAGCUUGAAGAUUCUAUACUGUACCCACCCACUUCCACACAGUCCAAUGGUUAUUUCAGUCUUUACUGAUUCCCUUCUUUUUUAUGAGCAGGUAAACUCCAUUGAGGGAGCCUUUAUUAUUGAAUGAUUGGUCACACUUACCAGUCUUUCAGUGAAGGUGAAUGUAAGUCAAACCCUGAUAACUUUUCACCAGAUUUACAAAAGUUUAAAAGGCUAAGCUCACAGUGUUAAAAUAACGAGAAAACACUUGAAUGGCUCAAAAUAACUCUUUCAGUAAUGUCUUUUUGAAUAAGUCAGCAUAACAGCACCUGAAAAUUAAACUUCAAAUUCAGUUUCUGGAAUUUUGUUCCAUGAAAUCAGAAAAAUGUAGCCAGUUGAUCGUGCGAACCUAGCACUACAAAUUCUGGGAAACUGCAAUAUUUACAUUUUUUAAAAUAAAUUAAAUCAUCUUGUUUACCAAGAAAUCCUUUACACAGUAUUGUGCCCUCCCAAAUUCAGCACUGGGGGAAAACAGGAAGGCAAAGGAAGCCUGAUUCGAAUACUGUACACCACAUUCACAGCUUGAGACAUUGCAGCUUGAGUGCAUUAAAAGACGAUGCCAUGUAAAACAAAACAGAUGUGUACUGAUCCUUUCAUAUAGCAGCAUUUCUUAUUUAAUGACUAGUCAUAUUUGUGUAAAUUCAAGGGUGUUUAUUGGCUCUUUUUGUUCUAAAAAAAAUUAAUUCUUAGACAAACUUUUCUGUCAUUCAAAGCCAUUUUCUGGCUCAACCGUGUGGCCUUCACUUCUUAUCGUUCCUGUACACAAUUAAAAACUUUCCCUAUAUAGGUUCCCUACCACCACAACAUCCUGAUCUGGUCUGAUUAAAUAGCUGAGGAUGAUCUUAAACUUAUCUAUUUUUUUUCUUCAACCAAAUCCACACACUCUGCAACAUCAGCAGUCUCUCACCGCAAGACAAUGAGACCUCAGAAUGCUACUUUUCGUGACUCUACAUACAUCAACAGCUUGAGCUGCUGGUCUCAAAGGAAUCAGGGAUUUUAUUUAUUGUCUUUUAACAAAUCUGCUAACAGUGAUGUGUGAGAUUGUGUAAUAUCCUAUGUAAUAUGUUUGUAAUUAUGCCGAGUUUUUUUCCAAUGAAAAUGUUAAGAAUGUGUGUAAGGAGAAGAUUCUUCAUGCAGAAAAUUGAAAUUUGCAAAGCAAAUUCGUUUUUGUAUCAGUCUUGGUACUUUUUCAGUUAUUGCUUAAAUAUAUCAAAUGUAUUGUGUGUGUGUGUAUGUAUGUAUGUAUGUAUGUAUAUAUGUGUAUAUAUAGAGAGAGAGAGUCUAGUCUCUGAAAUCAUGCACCCUCUAUAAUUGUUUACCUAGGAUGUAAUUACAUUUGUCUACCAUGAUUAUUACUAUAUAGUUUGCUAAUGAAUUCAUUAAUGACAAGUAAGAUAUCCUGUAAAUAACUGAUAUUUACAUUUGGCUAAAAGUUGUCCUGCUGUUUAGCCAGUUUAAUUGUUUGCUAUUGCAACCAAUGCUAAUCUAACAAGAUCAUAGCAAAGAAAACAGGCUGAUGUAGUUCAUUAUAGCCAGGUAAUAUUAGCAAAUUAGUUAGAAUGUCUUAUGAAUGGGGAGACAAUCUUGAGUUGCCCCAGCAAAUCGAGAAACAUUAUUUUAGAUAAACCCACGGGGCUUAACACUGCACUGAGAAAUGGUUUAUACAUCUUCAGAUGCAAGUUAGUAGCUGAAGCAGGUCACAGAAGUUGACCAAUUGGCACAAGUGUAUUUUCUAUGGAAAUUAUUUUAGUCAAUUAGCAGUCAGCUACUAUUAUUAGUAUUACUAAUGGUAUACUGGUAACAUUAAGCAGUCAGUGGCUGGAUGAGACAAGGAGACUUUAAGAUACAUUAAAGUACUUUUUUGCUUUUUUACAAUAAACUUUAUACUCUAAUAAUUACUUUAGAGAAUUUCCCCUUUGAGAGAUUACAUCGAGUAGGCUUUAUGUUUAGAAAAACUGCAUUUGAACCAAUUCUGCUAAUUUGCUAUUAGACAUUCUUUAGGAUUUUUUAUUUUUUUUUGGAAUUGGUUGAGAAAAGAAUCUAACCUUUCCAGGUUUAAGACCAACAAGAUAAGAUACUACUUAUUACUUGAAACACCGUUAAAUAGGUAUUUUACUAAUAACACAUACAUGAACCUUUAAAUGAAUAGUUGCAUUAAUAAAAAAAAUUUCACCCUUUUUGGUUUGACAGUUUAAAAGUUUUUUGUAAAAAUUCUAAUUGUAAAAAGAAUGUCUUGUGUAUUUUGUGUUCCGGUCUCUAAAUGUGUUAUGCUCUUUGUUAAAAGAAACCAUGAAGGGCUCUUUCAGUGUACAGUGCAUGUCAGAUGCAUAUUGUGAUACACUCUAAAUAAUGUUAGAUAUAUUGGAACCCGGUGACAACUGCAGAUUGCUGAUUAAAAACCUGUUAAAAGAGAACUAUUUAGGCAGAAAUAAUGCCUGGGGAGAUAAUAUAUAUUCAGUCAGCCUAACUGUCUAUUCUGUCUUUUAUGUUCAUUGGUUAUUAAAAAAUAAAUAAGAAAAUAAUGCA